CUGGGGGAAUGAAUGCGUUCAGAAGUUACGCAAACAGUUUACUCAUUCGGCGAAAAAGAUUUUACAAUUUCUUAUUUAACAGUAUAAUUAAGUAAUUAAAUGACUCUUGUACUGAAUUCCAUUCUGGGAUUUCUCAUUUUUGAGAAUCUCGUUGAAUUGUAUUUAACAUUUCGUCAACUUCGAGUCUAUAAAACCAGCAAGGAAGUUCCAGGGAAGUUGAAGGACUCUUUGAAAGAAGAUACUUUCGAGAAAGCAAGACUUUAUGGGAUUGAUAAGGCAGAAUUUGAGAUCUUCAAAUCCAUUCUAAAUGAUAUCAUCAUAGUUUCGAUUGAAUUGUAUUGUGGGUUCAUCGCAUAUUUAUGGAAUGAAGCUAUCAUUUAUACUGGAAAAUUCCAUCUUAACCCAUCGAAUGAGAUCCACGUCAGUUGUGUUUUUCUUCUUAUCGUCAACAUUAUCGGAAUAUUCAAGGAUCUUCCUUUCAGCAUCUACAGCACAUUCGUCCUCGAAGAGAAACAUGGUUUUAACAAACAAACUGUUUCCUUCUACAUAAAAGACCAACUGAAAGCUUUUGUCGUUGGACAAGCAUUGACCAUUCCGAUUGUUGCUGCCAUUAUUUAUAUCGUACAAAUUGGAGGAGAUUACUUCUUCAUUUGGUUGUGGGCAUUCAUUGGUGUUGUUUCAAUGCUUUUAAUUAUGUUCUAUCCAGUUUACAUAGCACCAUUAUUCGACAAGUUCCGUCCUUUGGAAGAAGGUGAUCUUAGAAAAUCUAUUGAAGAACUUGCAGCUUCUUUGAAAUUCCCAGUUGGACAACUUCUUGUAGUUGAAGGAUCUAAACGAAGUCAUCACAGCAAUGCGUAUUUUACUGGAUUGUGGGGUGUUAAAAGGAUUGUUUUAUUCGACACUUUGCUCAUUAACAAAGGCUUACCAGAUGAUAGCACUUUGGCUGAAGAUGAGAAAGGAAAAGGAUGUACAAACGAAGAAGUUUUAGCUGUUUUAGCACAUGAACUUGGCCACUGGGCUCUCGGUCACAUGACAAAGAAUAUCAUUAUCAUGCAAGUUCAACUCUUCUUAGUUUUCAUGAUGUUUUCGUAUCUAUUCAAGUUUGAUGCUCUCUAUGAAGCCGUUGGGUUUACUGAUGGAAAACAACCAAUUAUAGUCGGAUUUCUAGUCAUUAUCAUGUAUGUUCUUGCGCCAUUUAACACUGUUGUCAGCUUUAUGAUGACACUUUUAUCGCGGGAGUUUGAGUAUCAAGCAGAUCAUUUUGCUAAACAACUUGGUUUUGCUAAAGAUUUGUGUAAAUCUCUCAUAAAAUUACACAUUGAUAACUUAGGAUUUCCGAUUUACGAUAGUUGUGCAAAAUACGAUUUAAUAAUGAACAAGUUAAACCUCAUUACACGUUGGAAGAUUCAAUUAGAUUCGGAUAAUCAUUUGAUGCACACAAUAGCUCUUCUUGAGAUAGUAGAAAUGUUGAAUAACUUAGAUGAAGAGAAUGCAGAAGACAUUUACAUUCUUUUGAUAAAUUCAGAUAUCUGUCAUUUUCUAAGUACAAUAAUGAGCUAUACACAAAAGAAUUCAAUGAGUCUUAUUAAUAAAAUUACUUGUCAUUUGUCUGAAAUUGAAGAAUUCUACAAAAAUGAUUUCUAUCGAAUAAUUAAGUCGUACCUUCGAGUUAUAAAUUCAUUUUCUCAGAAGAUCAACAGUAAAUACGAGGAGGAUAUAAUAACAUGCGCAACAAUUGUUUUGAAAAGAGCCCGCGAGCGUGAUUGUAAUUUCAACGACAAUCGCUUUUCUCUCAACUCAUGCGUUCAUGUAUUGAGUUCCAUCAGCAAUGUUCAUUUCAACAACACAAAAACUUUAGAUUUCACAAUCAUUGUUAUUGAAAUCAUGAUGAGUAUACCAGCAUCAAAUGAAAACGACCAGGAGCAUCGAAAUGAGAGGCUGCAUGAGACAAUAAAGAAACUAAAUACAACUCAUGAUAAGCUUGAAUAUCCUUCGUUCAUCUUUCUAACUUCAAAAAUUCUCUACAAUACUAUUGAUUUUAUUCCUUUUCCUAAAGAUCAACAGGAAUCUCAUAAAAUAGCACUUACAAUAGUCGACAAAUUUCUUGCUAUCAUGGAAUUCACUUUUAAGUACAACAAAGAUCUUGACAACGAUUGUCGUUCGUUUGAAGUCUUUUGCAAUAUUUUUUAUGCUCUUCUUAAAUGUGAAAAGCUUAUCCUUACUGAUAAGUUCAAACUUUUGAAUUAUUUCUUCGUGAGCAAUGGACAUCAUCGGUUGAUAUCUAAGAUUGUCAACAACCAAAGCAACAUAGACAAUGAUUUAAAAAAGACGCCUUCGGAAAGCUUAAAAGCCCGCGUUGUGUCGGCUGAAGUUAUUAAUGUUUUUCUAAAUAUCAUGAAUGGUGCCUUAGGGAACGAAGAAUGUCAAAAUCAUAAAGCAAUACGAGAGAAAUCUUAUGAAAUUGUUUUCAAAACUGAUUUCAAACGUCUCAAAGCUUUCUCAUGCGAUGGAAAAACUAAUGAAACGACGCUUUUGUAUCUCAUCAUAACAUUUAUCGACUUUAUCUGGAAGAAACCGACAUUGGAUUCAGCUGAGAUUCUAAGCAACGUUUCUUUGAUCUUCGCUGUCAAUGAUGCUAAAAAUGUUGCCUUAAAACCAUCAGUUUUAUUCACCAUGGCUUCGAGACUGUUUACGUCAUCAUUCUUAAAUCUCACCAUCAAGGACAAUAAUUUACUUAAAAUAUCAUCAAAUAGUUUAUUAAAAUCUAUCGAAAAUGUCAAGCAAAUCGAUCUGAGCUACUUAAGAUGGUGGGCUGAAAUGGGAAAACCGCCAACACAAAAGUUCAAUUCUGUUCUGUUGAAAUUCUUGAAUGAAUCAAAUGAAAAUCAACUUGAAGAGCAACUUCAAAUAAACGAUAACAAACUUUUCAAUGAAAGGUUAUUAAUGAAAAGCUUUUUGAAUCAAUCAACAAAGAUUGGCAUGCAUAACAACUUGAAGAUUAUCUUUUGCGAUCUACUUAAGAUUAACUCACCGAACAACUUCAAGAGAAUGCUUCAACAGUUUGAACGCAUUCGAUCGUCAUCUGGAAACGACUCUGAUGAAAAAACAAAACGCUUGAUUAACUUUCUCGAUGUCAUCAAUUCAAGCAUCAACAACAUAAAAAACUUGAAAAUGCUUCGGUUUACUGUUUCAAUUUUAAUGAAAGUUUUAAAAGAUCCACUCAGUAAUCAGCACUUGAAAGUUUUUGCUAUUGAAAUAACAAAAAAUUUAAUUGCAAAUUCUCAAAAUGCAACCAUAAAUAAAUUCUUAAGCAUAAAUGACUAACAAGAAAUUGAUUAGAUAAAUAAAGGGAGAGAAAUAAAUGAAAAA